UGCUUGGGUGGGGGGAAACGUCAUUAAAUCCUUGCCCCCUCCCCCACCCACAGGGAAUAAAACUGAUUGUUUCACAACUGUAUAUAAUCGGUGUGUUGAGCAGAGAUUUUCAUUAGUAAUUAACGUUAGACAGAGUGGACAGGCCCUCUCAUACCGUGCACGUGUAAAAUAUAUUUCUUUAACUGUAGGCCCACUUUAACAGAGGACUGUGCUUUAAUCUACCCGCAAGUGACAGAAAGAUCCGGUUGAUAUAAUUUUUGAUGCAAUUGUAAUUAUUGAUUGUCAAUGGAUUGCCUAUAGAUAGGCGAAAAGGAGCAUUGCGACAUUGACUGGAUUCAUGAUGUCAUGAGCCAAAUUAAUAUUACCCAAUCUAUGCCUCUACGUCACAGUCCCACGUUGAAUCUCAGUGUUGAUAAAUAGACAACCGCAGUCUGUCCGCCUACAGUUUUAAGACGUUGACAACAAUUUCUCCACUUUUGUUCUCGUUCAGAUUUGAAAGAAAGACUCGCAGGGGUUCACACGGCACAGACGCGACUUAACUUUCCGUUUACACAGCCGUCUGGGAAAUAAGUUAUUAUAAAAGAGACAAAAAAAUGUCCGUAAAUCGCCAGCGUCUGCGACCCUGGUUGGAGGCUCAAAUCAACAGCGGUCGUGUUCCUGGACUCCGGUGGUUGGACAGGGAUCACACCAUCUUCAGAAUUCCAUGGAAGCACGGAGGAAAACAAGGCUGGAGAGAGGAGGACUCGCUCAUUUUUAAAAAUUGGGCUGAACAUACAGGGAGGUUUAGAAAGGGAAUAGAUCAACCCGAUUACGCCACCUGGAAAACGCGUCUCCGCAUGGCAUUAAACAGGGCGCCCAAAAUACAAGAGCUGAGAACGAUGAGCAGACCCGACGAUGAAGACCCCUUCAGAGUGUAUAGAUUCUUGACAGCAACUGAAAAAGGAGACUCUUCAACAUGUCUGACAGAAAAUGACUCCAAUUUGGAUGAAGACAAUGGAACCUGGAUUCCUCUAAAUCUCAUUGAACCUCCUUCCAUGAUGUCCAUAGAUGAGGAGUGGGCAAACAUUAAUUCUGAUGACCUGGUCAAGUGCGACAGUCUUGACCAACAGAAGUACGUCAGUGGUGGUCACGCCAUGAUGCCUGUCCAGCCAGAAAUGAGUGUAGGGAUGACCCCUGUGUCCGGCGUUACUGACCACGACUCAGAUGUGCCCAAGGGAAUACUGGGACAAAGCGAUGACUUGCAAAUUGCAGGCCAUCAGAUGUUAGUGAAACUGUUCUACCUCAACAGCCAAGUCGCCCAGUACGAGAUGAACAACCCCAACGGCAGUCGCCUGUAUUAUAAUUCAUCCUAUCCUGGCACUGCACAGCACAUGGCCGAGAUUGCUCAGACCUAUGCCGGGGAGAUGAGAGAUCAGUUGUUUGGCCCUAGUGUGUUAAACCACUAUCUGAUGCCACCACCAAAGUAUGCCCAAGGAACAUCACAACACCAGUCCACCAAGAAAAUUCUGGAGAGCAUGGAGCGAGGGCUGCUACUGCAGUGUAUUAAUGGAGACAUUUAUCUCACUCGCCUGUGCAGGGUCAGGUUAGAUAAAUUACAUAUAAAAAUAAUAAACUUCUCAUUCACUCAUUUUUGCAGAUGUGUUAUCUUCUGCUCUUCUCCAAGCAAGGGUGAACAGAUCUUCAAAGUGAAGCGAGACAACAUGGGCAUUAAAAUAUUUGAUUUCACCAACUACUUUCUACCAGCUGUGGACAGGUACGUGCAGGGGCAGGGCCCUUGCCCACGUAUUGAAGUGCGACUUGGAUUUGGACAGACAUGGAGCAGUGACGACUGGAGUCGGCGGGAUACAUUCAUCUCUGCAACAGUUGUCAGUGCUAAGGCUUUGCAAAUCAUUCAACAGCUUUCAUCAUUUCAGCUGGGAUGCCAACCCACUCCCAUGUUUUCUAUAGAGAUCUCGGGGUCAGAUGACUUUGACAGAAUUGCCGAGACAAUCAAAAAGCUGUGUGAACUGAAAACGUCAAAUGGCAAAAUGGAUACCAGCACUUCAGGAUCACUGCAUUAGGAAUAUGAAUCAUGUCAA